UGCAAACAAACGUAAACACGUAGCUAGUGUGGUGGAGCUGGAGGCAACCUUUGAUACUGGCACGUCAACUCACCAAAGUCAAAGAACCCGUGUCGAGAAAAUAAAUCCAGUUAGUUUUGACUGGUUUGACGACUUCUGCAUCAAGAGAGGUUUAUAUUUAACCUAAAAUUUAAAUUCUCAGGGCACAUUCCACGAGUUUUCACGCCAGAAUCUGACACAAACUUAUUGGGGCCGAGGACGAGGUGCAUCUAAUUUCUAAGCGGCCGGUGCCGGGCAAAUACUACACGUCAAACCCGGGAAGGUGUACAUUCCUUUGGUGAUCUAGCGGUUUGAAGAAAGAAAGAAAGUACAGGAAAGAUGUCGUCCUGGACAGGACUCCAAUCUGUUCGAGAUUGUCAGACCCAGACCUUUAGUCAGGAUGAGCUAGAGCUGGCAUCGAUGCAGGCAGCAGAGAACGCGAAGAAUCACCAGAGAGAACCAGAGGCAUCCGUGUCAAGAGACGAGAAAGGAGGGAAAGAAGAUCAGCCCUUGCUGUAUGGCACCGAUACAAACCAAGGCAGGCAGGAGGAUGAGAAGCCACUGAAUGGCACAUCAGCACAACCUCCUUGUGGAAGAGGUACAGGAGCAGAUCAUGGCGGAGAUUCAGGGACAGAUCGAGGGGCAGGGGGAAAUCCUGGCAAAGGUCCAAAUGCUCCUAAAGAUCCGAAUGCUAAAGCCAAGAAAGUCGCCAAGUAUGUUAUUGGGUUUACCGCAACAGCAGCUGCCAUCGGUAUUGGAGCUUUCAUAGCAGCACCUUUCGUACUAGUAGGUAUGGGCUUUACUACAGCUGGCAUUGCAUCCGGCUCUAUAGGUGCUGGCAUGAUGUCAGCAUCGGCCAUUGCAAGCGGAGGUGGAGUCGCUGCAGGGAGUGCUGUGGCUGUACUGCAAUCUGUUGGAGCAGCAGGCGGAUUAGCCGCUACUGCUUGUGCUGGCUUAGGUAUUGGGGGUGCAGCAGCUAUCACUGGUCUGGUUGCAGCAGGAGAGGUGACGGUGGGCGCAGUGAGAUACAUUAAAAAACAGAAGAACAGAUGCCCAACUGAGGAUGCAGCUACCCAGACAGAUCCCAAACUGCCUGAUCGGUCUUUUUCUAACUUAGGAUAUCAAAGACUUUUGGAAAAGCAACUUGAGGGUAAUGUCAGUACCCCUGUUGUAUUCCAUCCAUUUCAAUAAGUUUAAAUGAUGAAAAGAGAUUACGCAUAAGAAUUGAUAAUAAGUUUAAGAUUUUUAUUAGGAACAGAUAGAUCAGGGGCUAAAGAAAAGAAAAUUACAGGCAAUACACCUAGUGAUACAUAUUU